ACCUUCACCAAGAAAGGCUAAGGUUGUUCACUUGCUGCCCAACUCUUCUCUCUUCCAGGUCUUCCAUACCCCAUCCAAUUCUUUAACCCUGCAUCGAGCACAUCGCCAUUUGCCCUUUUUACUCGGAAAUUUUAAUUUGCUCCAAAUAACUUGUCUUACUCGACUGUUAAUAAUAAUCUUCUGCUAUAAGCUUUGCUCCCCCAUACACAUUAUAUUGUCAAUUACUGUUUCUUAAUGGCAAAGACCUCGUAAUAUUCAUCCAUAAUCUCGUAAUUUUAGCUGCCAUGAAACAUUGGGUUCUACGUCUAGCAUUGAGCUUCAUCCUCGUUUCCCAUUUCAGAUUAGGAGUGGGAGGUGACUAUGAUCAGCCUCACACGGGUGCCUCCGGAGUUCUUGGGAACGAAUAUAUACCCAGUAAUGGAGAUUCAUCGGAAAAUGGAGGCGGCAAUGGAUAUUCAUCGGAAAAUGGAGGCGGCAGUGGAUAUUCAUCGGAAAAUGGAGGCUCCUAUGGUCAUGAAAAUCCAGAUUAUGUUGUCUCUAAAGCCCUCUUAUGUUUCGAUGAGAAGAAUAUAUAUAGCAGCUGUGAGGAAGCUUAUAGAUUAAGUGCGAGUGGAGAGCUUCAUGUGCCACCGGAUUGCACAGAUGAAUUCUGCAAUGGAGCUUGCUUAAAAGAAACCGACCUCAUCCUUCAUUGCAUUGAAGCUAUUCUUUCAGACUUUGAGUUUUACAACAAGGCUACCAUCAAUGAUGUGAGGCAUACUAUCAAAGAAGGAUGCAGCUAUGGCCCUAGUAGAGGUAAUUUUAAUGUGGCUGAGCAUGUUCAAUAUGAAGAGAACAAUGCAUUCCAGGCUUCCAAGGCUGUCUUCCACAACCUUAGUCUCAUGUUUUUGGCUCUGUGGUUCUUCCUCUAGAGCUUAAUUACUGUCAGAUUAAUUAGAUGAAGAGGAGAUCUCAGCUCUGUGGUAUUAUGUGAAGAAAAAAAAAAUACUUUCUAUUACAUGACUGAAGGUUUUAGAAUAGUUGUGAUUCCAUAACUACUACUAAAUAAUUUUAUUAAUUCUAGUUUCAUGUUCUUAAUAUUGAUUUUGGAAAGUCAUCAUAUCGUUAUUCUAUUUGGAAUUUUAUUUUUAUUUUAUGUA